AUGUCUAAAGGUGAAGGCGUUUUUACAACCAAAACCUUUUCUAAAGGAGAGUUCCUAUUGGAGUAUAGGGGUCAAUUAAUUGAUAAAUACAGCCUUGCAAGAAAGUUAGAAAAGAGCUAUGACGAGAAAAACGAAGGGAGUUUUAUGUAUUUCUUCAAAUACAAUAGUAAAACUCUAUGGUAUGUUCUUUUACUGUUUAACAUAUUCGAUUCUAUUGGACUACUUGGCUUUAACAAAACCAGUAUGUUCUUGAAUAACAAUAUAACUCUAUUACAAAAUGUUAAUUUUACUUUCAGCAUUGAUGCAACUGAGGAUAUAUUCUAUUCCGGUAGAAUGGUAAAUGAUUCAAAGAAAGGUACUGUUAAAAACAAUGCAGAGAUGAAGAUAAUACCAGUGGAUGGAAAGCCUCAUCUUUGCUUGUUUGCUAAUAGAGACAUUGCCGUCAAUGAAGAGUUAAGAUUUGACUACGGAGUAGACACUUUACCUUGGAGAACGGCUGAUAAAGAUGUCGGUAAUGGCAGAAAUCACUUACAUAUCGAAGACCCAGAGGAUGUUUUUACUGUUGAAGUCCUUAUUCAUAAAGAGAGUGGAGUAAUAACCGAACAUUCACAGAACGAUACACUGGCUGAUGAAGAUGUCGGAACUGACAGAAAUCACUUACAUAUCGAAGACCCAAAGGAUGUGGUGACUGAUAAAGAUGUCGGUAAUGGCAGAAAUCACUUACAUAUAGAAAACCCAAAGGAUGUUUUGACUGAUGGAGUCUUAAUUCAUAAAGAGAGUGGAGUAAUAACCGAACAUUCACAGAACGAUGCACUGGCUGAUGAAGAUGUCGGAACUGACAGAAAUCACUUACAUAUCGAAGACCCAAAGGAUGUUGUGACUGAUAAAGAUGUCGGUAAUUGCAGAAAUCACUUACAUAUAGAAAACCCAAAGGAUGUUUUGACUGAUGGAGUCUUAAUUCAUAAAGAGAGUGGAGUAAUAACCGAACAUUCACAGAACGAUGCACUGGCUGAUGAAGAUGUCGGAACUGACAGAAAUCACUUACAUAUCGAAGACCCAAAGGAUGUUGUGACUGAUAAAGAUGUCGGUAAUUGCAGAAAUCACUUACAUAUAGAAAACCCAAAGGAUGUUUUGACUGAUGGAGUCUUAAUUCAUAAAGAGAGUGGAGUAAUAACCGAACAUUCACAGAACGAUGCACUGGCUGAUGAAGAUGUCGGAACUGACAGAAAUCACUUACAUAUCGAAGACCCAAAGGAUGUUGUGACUGAUAAAGAUGUCGGUAAUUGCAGAAAUCACUUACAUAUAGAAAACCCAAAGGAUGUUUUGACUGAUGGAGUCUUAAUUCAUAAAGAGAGUGGAGUAAUAACCGAACAUUCACAGAACGAUGCACUGGCUGAUGAAGAUGUCGGAACUGACAGAAAUCACUUACAUAUCGAAGACCCAAAGGAUGUUGUGACUGAUGCAAUCCGGAUUCAUCAAGAGAGUGAAGUAAUAACCGAACAUUUACAGAACGAUGCACUGGCUGAUAAAAAUGUCGGUAAUGGCAGAAAGCACUUACAUAUCGAAGACCCAGAGGAUGUUUUGGUAAGUUCUACAUUAAUGCAUUUUGUCUUAAUAGUGGCUGAAUAUAACAAAUUUGUUGUAUUGAUGAGGGUAUAUAUGAUAUUCUACAUAUUCUUUGUAAGAUUACACUGGGUGCAAAGCUGAAAUAGAUGUGGUUUUGAGAAAUACACAGAUGUGCAGUAUUGUUCAGAGUCGAUGUAUAUUUAAACUGCAUUGAUUUGGGUUGAGAGAUACAAAUUUAGCAGAGUAGCUGAUGAAUCAAGUAUUGUUUUCGUUAGUUUCAUAUAUAGUGAUCCAAAUGUCCAUCAGUUUGUCCGCCAUGAAU